AUGAACAACCUCAAUGGCCCAAUCCCUACUUCUAUAUGUAAUUUGAACAACUUAGACAUCUUAUUGCUUCAUCAAAAUCUACUAUCUGGUCAAAUUCCUCAAGAAAUUGGAAGGCUUGGGUCUCUUACUAACUUGAUGUUGUCCUCAAACAAUCUAACCGGUUCUAUUCCAGCUUCUUUAUGUAAUAUCACCAACCUAAACAUGUUAUACUGUUUCAAAAAUCAACUUUCUGGAACUAUCCCGGAUGACAUUGGUAAACUAAGUGUCGUUACUGACAUUGGAUUGUCGACUAACUAUCUCACUGGUCCAAUUCCUGCUUCUUUAUGCAAUCUUACCAACCUAAUCAAACUUCACAUCUUUGAAAAUCAGUUGUCUGGUACCAUUCCUCGGGAUAUCGGAAGGCUGAGAUCUCUUACCUACUUUCAUCUGCGUGCAAACAAUCUCGUAGGUUCCAUCCUGUUGGGUCUCAGCCAAAAUGAGUUGAGUGGGGAAAUACCGCAAGAAUUUGGAGAGCUAAAAAAACUGGAAAGCUUAAACCUGUCUCACAACAAGAUUUCCGGUUCAAUUCCCUCUUCGUUUAAUGAAAUGCUUAGCUUGACCACUUUCGAUGUUUCGUACAAUGAAUUAACUGGUCUUGUUCCAAGCAUCAAGGCCUCUAAGGAUGCUCCCAUUGGUGCAUUGAAGAACAAUAGUGGUUUAUGUGUGAAAAAGCUUCAUUCGUCAGAUGAAGAUUCUGAAAUAGUUGAUCUUAAAUCAUUUGAGAGUGAAGUUCAAGCAUUAACUGAAAUCCGGCAUAAAAACAUUGCAAAACUCUUUGGUUUCUGCUCUAGUGUAGAGCGACAAAUUUCAUUCUUGAUUUAUGAGUUUGUGGAGAGGGGUAGUUUGAAAAAGAUUUUAUGCGAUGGGGAACAAGCGGUAGAGUUCGAUUGGGUAAAGAGGACAGGAUUCAUCAAGGGAACAGCUGAUGCACUUGCGUACAUGCACCACGAAUGCGUACCAGCAAUAGUUCAUAGGGACAUAUCUAGCAACAAUGUCUUGUUGGAUUUGGAAUAUGAAGCUCGUGUUUCUGAUUUUGGUACUGCAAGGAUUUUGAAGCCAGAUUCAUCUAACUGGACAUCACUUGCAGGAACGUAUGGAUACGUUGAUCCAGAACUGGCCUAUACAACGAAGGUGACCGAGAAAUGUGAUGUGUACAGCUUUGGAGUACUCCUGCUAGAAGUACUACAUGGGAGGCACCCAUCUGAGAUCAUCACAUUACUCUCUCCUGCGCUUCAUCUAUCGUUGUCAUCAAUAUCAUCUUCGACCUCGAAUAGUGUUCUGGGGAAAAACAACAUAACAUUGGUAGACAUAUUGGACCACUGCGUUGGAGCACCAACUGAUGUUGUGAAGAAUGAGAUAACAUACAUAGUAAAGGUUGGUCUCUCAUGCUUGCAUGGUGAUCCACGUACUCGUCCAACAAUGCAACAAGUAUCGACGGAGCUAUCAGCUCAGAGUAGGCCGUCUUUUGGAAAGCCCUUUGAAACUAUUACAUUGCCAGACCUACUGAUGGGGAACUCAUAA